UCGAGCCGAGGUGAACUGGUUCUCAGGCGAACAGCUGGUUGGCAUUAGGAUUAAAAAUAAACAUAAUUGAUUUUCUGCCCGAAAGUAUACGUAAACGCGUAGGCGCCUCCCCAACUGGCAUCCGUGCACCCGAUUGAACGACUUCUAGACUCUCCAAAGCGAUGGGAUCCGACGACCAGAAUGCCGGGGACAGGAUCCAGAAGGGUUUCCAGAUCAACUACAUGAUUCUGCGGGACGCCGACAGCGGAAAGAUAAUUUGGCAGGAGAACAAGGACUUCUCGGCACCGGAUCUGGAGCACGAGGCGCGGGUGCCGGUAAAGAUACUGGACAUGCGGGCCGUUUCCCGUGAGAUCAACUUCAGCACCAUUGAGCCCAUGGAGAACUUUCGGCUCGACCAGAAGGUGCUCUUCAAGGGCCGCAUCAUGGAGGAGUGGUUCUUCGAGAUGGGAUUCGUCGGUGCCAGUACCACCAACACUUGGCAGUCGACGAUCGAGGCGGCCCCCGAGUCCCAGAUGAUGCCGGCCAAGGUCUUAAAUGGCAAUGUGACGAUCCAAACCAGUUUCUACGACAACGAGACACUCAUCACCAAAUCGGUUGUGCGCCUGUACUACAUUUAGGCAAUAUGUGAGUCACCUGGUGGUCGUGACCAGGUGCCAGGUGUUCCCAUCCACUCACCCACUCACCACGCCUUCUGGAUCUUUUUCAAGAUGUUCUCUACAAAAAAAAAACCUACUUCGCUUUAGAGUACUUCUGCAUUUCAAUGCAAUUGUUUGCGCGUUUAUGAACUAGUUGUAGCCUAAUGCAUUUUAAUCUAAAUUUACAUUUACCACAUUAAUUUAUUAAUAAAAAUUAACAAAUGUAAUGCAGUUAUAUGACGGAAUGUCAACUUUCGAACGCAACAAGCAUGCUUAUGUACAAAUCUUUUGAAGACUUUUAAAAAUGGACUAAAAAUAGAUCAGAAAUUUGUGUCAUUUAAGAUAAUUUGUAUCUAUAGAUUUCUGUACCACUUGCAAUCAAUCCUGAAGUCUACUUAUAUCUGUUCAUCUUGUAUGAGAAAUGUAUACAAUGUAUCGAAACUUGAGAAAACAGUUGGAUUUGUGCUCUGCUCAUUUAACGAAGAAAGUACUUAAAACCGUCAAAGUUGUAUUAGAUUUAGCCUAGCUGUACAAUAAUUGUCAGCAAAUAUAAGCAGAUGUUAUAAGAAAA